UUUUGACAAACCAGGGGAGUCCCUAACAUCGUCAAUACGAACAAUUACCUCCCUUUAAUCAUUCAUAUCUCUCUGUCAAAUAUCCCAAGGUCCUCCAACAACUGCCUAACCCCCACCUUGCCGUAAAACCGACCUUGUUCAAAACCAGCCAUGCCCAAAUCCAACAAGCUUCGCAUCCUCUGUUUCGGCGACUCGCUCACUUCAGGAUACAGCCGCUCUGGUCUGGCCUCGCACCCUUACGAGGAGAAGCUGGUAAAGGAGCUCAAGGUCGCCCGGCCGGAGCUCGAAGUCGAGACGACGGAGGAUGGGAGGCCAGGCGACCUGACAGGCUUCUUUGUGAGCCGCUGUCACAACCACUUUGGGCCGAAACAGCCCAAGUACGACUGGACCAUAAUUCUUGGUGGAACCAACGAUCUAGCCCGUCAAUACUCCCCAGAAACAAUCUUUGACAACCUAAAACGCUGCUGGGACCUGGCUCUUAGCCAUGGAAGCAAAGUCCUCGCCCUGACGGUGCCCGAAGUCGGUGUCCGAAGCCGGACCGACGAAAUGAGGGAUAAACUGAACGACAUGAUACGCAAAGCACAGGGCGGUAAUAUCUACGUCCACGACCACGCCGCCGCCGUCCCGUACUGGUCCUUGUCGCAAGAGGAGCGCGACAAAUACUGGGACGACCACGUCCACCUCACAGCGGACGGCUACGACCUGAUGGGUAAGAUGAUCGCCGCACGGCUGGUUGACAUUUUGCUAGGAGAGGAGAUAGAGGCAAAUAAUAAAAACUCCAGCGACGAGCGCCCGUCUGGGUCGAGCCGAUCAAGGCCUGGAGUCAAGGCUUUCAGGGGCGACGGUACGGUUUUUGAGGAGGAGACGGGCGACUCUUCCAAGUUACGACAGGGCUAUGUUGUCGUGAGGCGGACGGAUCUCGAUUGAGAAAGAUAUUGGAGAGGAAUUUGGGGAUUUGGAGCAACCGGCAGUAGGCACAAGAUUAACAGUAUGGGUCCGGGGUUGUCGGCGUGAGACGCUUUUUUACAAAAUAUUUUCAGGGAUACUCGAGCACACGUUUUAAUUCAUCACGUCAUAGACCCCGGUGUAGAUCUUUUGAGAAGUGAAAAUCAGUCAUGCCUUUCUAAGUGAUAACUCCAAAAACGCCUAGCUCCUUGCGUCGCAUGCAUAUCUCAUACUACCAGGUUGGCCGCAACAAAAUCAGGGUACUCCUUCUGCAGGAGACUUGUGACGUGCUCGACUUCCUCAGCAAGGUCCUGGACAUUGGCGUCCCAACGCCGUAUCUCCUUGCCCACCACAACCUUGGCACGUCCACUACCCUUAACACCGGACGCUUCGCCACUUUCAAACCAUAUAACCCUGUCGACUUGGUCGAUGCGGCCGACCAAGCGUCCUUGCUCGAUCAUGCGCGCGGUAGUCUCCUCGGCCUUGGCACCAUCAAGUCCCAGGAGCUCACCGAGUUCGUCAAAGCCGAUAUUGUCAUAGAGCCUGCUUGCGCCGAGUAGGUUGUGCUCGACGACGGCCUUGGCAAGCACCGUGGAGCCGUCAGCCGUCGUCGCGAGCUGGUGGGGCGAAAGGCCCUGCGCAAAUUUGUCAACCUCGCCGGGGGAGAGCAGCCGGUCGAGGAACAUCUUUUCCAGCAUGCCGUACUCCUCCUGCCCAGCGGAGCGCUCAUCCCUGUACAGACGGCCGAGGGCACGGCUGCGAAGCGGGCCUGCCGGCGCCAGGACGGCGCACUUGAUAGCCAUGCUCAGGGUGUGCAGGCGCUCCUCCUCGGCGAUCUGAGGGCUGAGGCUGAUCUCAUGGUACGCGUGGCUGGCGGCCAGAAACUCACGCUGUGAGUCGUUGAUGCGGGCCUGAGACAGGCGGAAGUGUAGGUUGAGAUCGCGGUCCUGGACCUUGAAUAUAACGUUCUUGACCUUGUUCAGGUAGGAGCCGGCGGUGGUGCUGUCGUCGGCCUCGAGGUAGUUGCGCACAAUGCGAAUCCACACGCGGACCAUCUCCUCUUCUGUGGCGCGGCGCUGACUGCUAUCUAGCGGGAUCUCAGCCAGGGUCUUGGCGGCGUCGGUCCAGUCCUCAUUGUGCUCGUGGGCGGUGGCGAUGAGCUCCCGGAGGGCAUUGGAUUGUUCCAGGAAGCUGGACGCCGUCUGUGUGUUUUCUCCAAUGCGCUGGAGGGCGUAGUUGCCGACCUCAAUCCACAGGUCAUCAUCCUCGAGCUGUCGGAGCGCAUUGACAAACGCCGACAAGAUGGGAAGGGUGCUCACGACUCCCAGCUGGGCGGCAAGGACGGCAUCGAUGACCCGCUUGAGGUCUGCAGUGGCGGUGGCUGGUGACGAGAGCGAUUUGAAGUCGACAAGGAGCUUCUCCAGAGCGGCGGGCGCAUCGCUGCUCUGGGCUGCCUGCUCUAGUGCGGCGUUUAUUGAGUCGGAGGCCAUGGUGCGGACGUGAUGUGGGAGCAAGGGGGGGUUUCGGCUCAAUGGCCAGACUCUGCGAGCCACAUGGAAGUUUCGCACGACCGUAUUAGAAUUUGAAUAGAUCCCCACAAUUCCGUAUUGUGUCGAGAAGUGUGGUGAAUGUAGUGGAAGUUCCGACAGGGGAAAUUGACGUGAAUAACGAAGUAGUUGGUUGGCACUGG